UCCUCCAGCCUCCUCCCCCAAGUUCUUCCUGUCGUGCUGUGCUGUUGCAACACCCUCUCUGCCUCUCUCCCUUCCUCUCCCACCUCUUUGCUUUAAUUUUCUCAUAGUCCGGUUCUGGCCUUCGGGGUUUGAGACCCCUGGGACCAGGGCAAGAUCUUCAUCUCAGGCUCAAGCCUUAACUCCCCUACUUAAGGCCUGGGCUCCACUGGGGACCUCCUGACCUGCUCAUCCCGGGACUCAGUCGCUGCCACUUCGCCUGUGGCCACCACUGCCACCACUGCCUGAGCCCUGAUGGGGGAGUGAGAGGCCUCAGCUGGCCGGACAUGGGCCUCCCCACCGUGCCUGGCCUGCUGCUGCCACUGGUGCUCCUGGCUCUUUUGGUGGAAAUAUACCCCUCAGGGGUUACUGGACUGGUCCCUCGAUUCAGGGACAGGGAGAAGAGAGACAGCCUGUGUCCCCAAGGAAAAUACAACCACCCUGAUAAUAGGUCCAUUUGCUGUACGAAGUGCCAUAAAGGGACCUACCGGCACAAUCACUGUCCAGCCCCAGGGCAGGACACAGACUGCAGGGUGUGUGCAAACGGCACCUAUACUGCUUCUGAGAACUACCUCAAACAAUGCCUCAGCUGCUCCAAAUGCCGAAAAGAAAUGGACCAGGUGGAGAUUUCUUCCUGCACAGUGGAUCGGAACACCGUGUGUGGCUGCAGGAAGAACCAGUACCAGGAAUCUUUGAGCAACACUGUGCACACUCUUUUCCAGUGCCGGAACUGCAGCCCCUGCCUCAAUGGCUCAGUGCAGAUCCCCUGCAGCGAGAAGCAGAACACCGUGUGCAUCUGCCACGCAGGGUUCUUUCUAAAAGACAACAAGUGCAUACCCUGCGCUAACUGUGAGAAGAAACACGCAGAGUGCGCAAAGUUGUGCCUACCCACAACUGAACAUGUCAAGGUCCCUCAGGACCCAGGCACUGAAGUGCUGUUGCCUCUGGUGAUCCUCUUUGGUCUCUGCCUUUUAUCCUUCCUCUUCAUGGGUUUAAUAUGCCAGUUCCAACGAUGGAAGCCCAAGCUCCACUCCAUUGUCUGUGGGAAAUCGACACCUGUAAAAGAGGCGGUGACUGAGCAGCGGGCCUCGGCCCCAGGCUACAACUUCAGUCCCAUCCCCAACUCCACCCCAAGUCUCACCAUUAUCCCCAGUGAGUGGUCCAACUUCAAAGCUGCAUCACCACCCGGAGAGAUGGCCUCAUCCCACCAGGGGGCUGGCCCUCUCCUCACAGCAGCUCCAGCCUCCACCCCCAUGCCCACCCUUCUCCAGAAGAGGGAAGACAGCACCCACACGCAGCGCCCAGAUGCGGACCCGGCGCUGCUGUAUGCGGUGGUGGACUGCGUGCCCCCCUCGCGCUGGAAGGAGUUCAUGCGGCGCCUGGGGCUGAGCGAGCACGAGAUCGAACGGCUGGAGCUGCAGAACGGCCGCUGCCUGCGCGAGGCGCACUACAGCAUGCUGGCCGCCUGGCGGCAGCGCACGCCCCGGCGGGACGCCACGCUCGAGCCGCUGCGCCGCGUGCUCCAGGACAUGGACCUGCGCGGCUGCCUGGAGGACAUCGAGGCGGCCCUGUGCGGCCCCGCCCCCCUCUCGCCGCAGCCCCACCUUCCCCGAUGAGGCCACGCCUCCUGGGAGGGGCCUGCCCUGAGGACGGAUGUUUCCUGCCCCCGGGCCUGUGGAGGGCCUUGCGAGAUGCCCUCGGGACCUCCCUUUUUUCUGGAGAGGAAGGGUCUUGGAGGGGCAGGCAUGAGCUGGCAGCCACUUACUUGGUGCUACUCUCUCAGUGUACAUAGCUUUCUCAGCUGUUUGAGCACUGCCGGAGGGUCAGCUCUGUGUGUGUGUGUGUGUGUGUGUGUGUGUGUGUGUG